GUAAGGCCCCAGCUGCACCGUACCAACACACCACGGGCUCCUCCAUUCCGCCAUGAAAAAUGGUCCCGAAUCCCAACCAAACGGGACCCCAGCAGACCCCGAGUCAAAGGCCCCAAAACGAGCCAAUGUGUUCUCCAAGGGCAUCAAGAAGCUCACGAAGUCCACGUCGAUCUUGAACUUCAGCCAGAUUGACGACACCACUGCUGCUCCCUCGCAGGCUCCUACCAGCAGGCACAGCAGUCAAUCAUCGAACCCAAUUGAUCUGGAUCAAAAGGAUCAGUUCCAAGCCAUAGGCUACGAUAAUGUCACCACCACCACGAAAGAGCCUAUCCACGUCAUGUACUUACCCGAUAGGAACAAGGGCUUGCAGUCUCCACGCCAGUCUUCGGUGGGAUCCGCCAAUUCCCACGACAAUAGGCCCAUCAGAGACCUCCAUGAAGACCACUACGCCCCUAGCAUAUCCAGCAGUGUGGGAAGCUUUUCGUCGUUGGACCCCAAAUCAAAGCCAGAGUCCGCGCCUCCAGGGCUUGCAUCCGUGGGCUUGAACCUAGCAGGCUACGGCUUGUCCAGCGAAGAUUUGAUGCCUCCUCCCACAAUCAAGCCCCACCACCAACUGUCCCCCCACAAGAAUGGCCUUAAUACCUCCUUCCAAAAUAAUUCCUCCAGCUCGUUGUCGGAUAUUCCUCCCCCAGCAGCUACCAAGCAUUCCCAGCAUAAUUCGAUAAAUACCAGAAUCAAGUCCGCCUCUUCAACCAGGACGAUUUCACCGUCACAACUCACUGCAUCGCCCAAGUUGGGCUCCAAUCAUUCAGUCCAGUCAUUCGCGGCUGUGGCAACUUAUAUUAACCAAAUGCCUCGCCCAGAAGUCGUGGAUCAGCUUUUCGAGAAACUAUUGUCCACCAGAGUGUUCACAGACAAGGCAGUGAAGACAUUGCGAGAUCAACCCACAAAACGAAAAUGGGAAUUACUACUAAGAGAGCAUGAAACUAAUACUGGCUUUGACUUGAAACUACUCACAAAACAAGCACAGGCACAUAUCUCGAGGACUGACUCGGACAAUUCUAUAAAAAGAAAAGUUAGUAAUGCCGAUACCAAAUCCGAGGAUGGAGAAAGCGAAUCAGCAAAGCCUAAGCAGCUUUCUGCCAUCAAGGCUAUUGCAAAACUCAGUACGAAUUCGAAGAAAAACAGUAUUGAAGAGAAUACCUAUUCCAAACAGAAAAAGAAAUCCAUCGACUCUUCAAUAUCCAAUGAGAGCGAAGGAGUGAAUGCUUUGGCUAAGAAGAAAUUGAAAGAUGGAUCGCCCGAGUGGUUUGUCGCUAGAAUUAUUUCAAACAAAUUAACCCUUAGGGAAUACAAGAAAUUAGAAAAGAGAUUGGUUGAGAAUUCCUUAUCUAAUAAAUACGGCACCCAUUGGGUGCAAAGUUUUGUCGAUGCACAAGGUGAAAGUGCAUUAUCAGUUAUUCUUUCCAGAAUUAAUAAAAAGAGUAUCAAAUCAAAUGAAGAAUUCGACAAGGAAUUCACAAUCAUCAGAUGUUUGAAAAAUAUCCUCAACGCUGAGCGUCAUGACGAAGAAGACUCUGAUGAAAAUUCCAUCCUGACUUCUGUUAUUAAGAAGAAUAAGGCUCAUGUUAUCAAAUCCAUUAUAUACUCAUUGAUUUCUCCAAGAUUGGCAACCAGAAUUUUGGUGACGGAAGUGUUAAUCUUCUUGUCAUACUACAGAAGCAACAAGUAUCUACCCAACAUUUUGGAUAGUAUGGUCAACUUGCAAGAUUUAGUUGGGGACUAUGUGAGAUUUCAACCUUGGUUAAAUUCGGUUGAAGGAUUUGUGGAUCAGUACUUCACUAGUGGCAGCGACAGACUUGGUGGAGAUACCAACUUACGAAACUAUUCGUUGACUUCCUUAUUAUUGAUUAAUGGUAUUAUGGAAGGUACUGAUCAAAUCAAGAAAAGAAUUUCUCUUCGGAGAGAAUUUAGUGAUUCAAGAAUAGACAAGGUAUUUGACAAACUUAAAGUUAUCAACAAUGAAAGAAUUAAUGACGAAAUAGAAAAGUACGAAGCAUUUGCAGAAGAGGACUAUAAUGAGUUUUUUAAUUUAACAAACAACAUCUCAGGCACAAAUAACACUAUCUCGGAUGUGGCCUCUCUAGAUGAUUUAUUCAAAGAUAUCAAGAAUCAAUUUCAAGACGUAAAUGCCGAUUCUGAUGAUGAGUCUAAUGAAACAUACAUCAAAUCAAUCUUCCAAAAGUUUUUGAUGUUGAAAGAUAGUGGGAGAAGUGAUGUUGAAAUCAGCAAACUUUUGGUGUUGAUAGAAUCAGUUAUGCAACAUGUGAUUGCUGAAUCUACAAUGAUUGCGUCAGAUUCCAAUUCAGUCUUGAAUAGCUCUAUUCAACGGUUAAUUGAUCGUCUCAUUACCGAUGAAACUGCAAGAAGAGCCAUUUUAGAGGCAAGAGAGUUGUCUAAGACAGUGAAAGUAUUGGAAAGUGAAAAGAAGCAGUUGGAAUUAGAAGCAAGCUUUGGAUUAAAUGAAACAAUAGCGAAUUUGAAAAAGGAGAGUACUAUCAGUGCAAAUAAGAUUGCCUCACAGGAAAAGCACAUAGGUUUGCUUCAAUUGCAAAUCCGAAAACUAGAAGAGGACAAGAGAAGAACUGUUAAAAACUUCGAUAAUUCUCACCUGUCUCACUUGUUGAACUCGCCACUAAUUCAAGCAAAUUCUAUCAGAGGUAGCAAUAUUGUCCAUGAAUUGGAGAAUGUGUUUUCCAAACACAGUUCCAACAAACAGGAGGGUGCUUCUAAAAUUCAAAAAUCGAAGCAUAGCUCUUUACCUCCUCGUCCAUUGCCGCCUCUUCCUACGCAAGAGAACGUGUUCACGAACUCAGAUGAUUUGGCGAUUAUUGAGGAAAGACAAAUGGCAGCAAAGGACGGAGAAUCGAGUAACGAAGGUUCUCAAGGUGGUGAUGAUGAGUUUACAUUCGGUGAUGGUCAAGAAACUGUCCAUCUGAUCGUUUCUGUCAAGUCAAGAGACUCAGAAAUUGGUACUUUGGCGAAUAAUGGAACCAACUACCCAGGUGGUAGCAGAUCGGCAGCUCCUUCAAAGUCCUUACCAUCUCCACCUCACAAUACAUCCACGGUCACUACUCCUGAUCGUAAAACGAACAACAAUUCUCAAGACACAACGACCCAGGCUGGCCACCAACCGUUACCAUCUGCUCUGGACAAGUCGACAGGUACGUUCGCAGACCCUGCUACAGGAGUUACUACGACUCCCCCACCACCACCCCCAGCAUUAGCUGAUGUGACUAACAAGAAUGGUACAGGCUCUGCGCCACCUGCUCCACCACCUCCUCCUCCACCAUUGCCUGGGUUUAUAAAGAGUGCAUCAAGCCAGGGCCCUGUUCCACCCCCACCGCCGCCUCCACCACCUCCUCCUCCAUUACCUGGAUUUAUUAGCAAGAAUGGUUCAGGUUCGGCGCCUCCACCACCACCUCCUCCAUUACCUGGAUUCAUAAACAAGGACGGUUCCAACGAAAUCCCACCCCCACCCCCACCAUUGCCAACAUUACUAGGAGGUACCCAGCUAUCUGCCCCAAAUACACCUAGUAGAAGUGGAACCGAAUCUCUAGUGAAUACAGCACCAACUACUCCUACCAAGAGUAGCACAUUGACCCCUCCAGAAAAUCCAAUUGCACAUCAAGAGUUGCUUGCAAUUGUAAGACCCAAAACGAAGUUGAAGCAAAUGCAUUGGGAUAAAUUGGAUGAUAUCAAGGAAACAUUCUGGAGUGGAAUUGAGCACACAACCGUCUCUGAUAAAUUGCUAGAAAAGGGUAUAUUGGGUGAGGUUGAGAAGGUCUUUGUGGCGAAGUCUUCGGCCAUACGCUUGAAAAAAGAUUUAGAUGCUGGAACUGGCGAGGAAGGCGUAGUAGUUGUGCCCAAAAAGAUCUCAUUCUUACCUCGAGAUCUAGCACAGCUGUUUGGCAUUAACAUGCACAUGUACGCCAACCUUUCUGUUGAAAACUUAGUCAAGAAAGUCCUCCACUGCGAUAAAGAUUUAAUGGAGAACAUUAGUGUCUUGGAGUUCUUCAAUAAUGAUAUUUUGGUUGAGAAUAGUGAUUUUAUGAUGAGAAGUUUCUCUCCAUACUCGCUUGACUUUUCACAUCCCGAAAAGAAACCCAUGAAAGAUUCAAAUGAAUUGGAGAGAGCUGAUAGAAUUUAUCUUCAUCUCUGCUUUGACUUGAGACACUACUGGAAAUCAAGGUCAAGAGCAUUGCUAUUGAUGCAGACUUAUCAAAAGGACUAUCUUGACUUAUUAAAGAAGCUUCAAUUGAUUGACGAGGCCAGUAAAAGUGUCAGAAACUCCGAAAGUUUGAAAAAUGUUCUUGGUAUCAUUCGGUCUGUUGGAAAUUUUAUGAAUGACUUCUCAAAGCAAGCCAUGGGAUUUAAGCUCGACACAUUACAGAGAUUGAAGUUCAUGAAGGAUGAUAAGAACUCAAUGAAUUUUCUCCAUUACAUCGAGAAGAUUAUUCGUAAUGCCUUUCCUGAAUAUGGUUCUUUUGUUGAUGAGUUGGGUUCUUUAAAUAUUAUACAAAAUGUUUCCAUCGAACAGUUGGACAGUGAUUGCCAAGAUUUCGAGAAAAUCAUCAACAAUGUUAGCAGCUCAAUCUCAAAGGGUAAUUUGAGCGAUCCAUCCAAUUUGCAUCCUAAUGACAGGAUCUUGAGUAAAAUUGCAGGACCACUUGAAAAUGCCAAAAUCAAGAAUUCAUUAUUGCAAUCCCACUUGCUGAGAACUUUAUCCGAAUUCGAAUCACUUAUGGAUUACUUCGGAGAAAAUUCGAAGGACCUGAAUAGCAGAAAUAGCUUUUUCAACAAAUUCGUUUCCUUUAUAAACGAAUUUAAGAAAGCACAUGUGGAAAACAUUCAACGAGAAGAAGACCAACGGACAUACGAUGCGAGAAAGAAGAUGAUUGAAGAUUCAAGGCUCAAUGUAAAGAAGGCCAAGAAGAAGCUGUCCUCUCAAUCCAAAGAAAAGCGUGGCACCUCGAAUGUUCAAGAAGACGGUAUCGAAGAUGAAAACACAGACAACCUUGAAGACAACAUUGCCGACGAAGAAGAGGACGAGAUCGAUGAUGAUAACAGCUCAUCCAAGACCGAUUCAUCAAGUGAAGGUUCCACAGCAGUGAUUGAUACAUUAUUAGAGAGAUUGAAAUCCAGUGGUGCAUCCACAGGGGCCGGAUCUUUGUCCGCCAAAGACCGCAAGAGCAAGAACAGAAGAAGCAAGGCAUUGUCUUUCUAUUCAACCAUGUCUUUGGAUGACUUGAUGGAACAAGUUUCGGGUGGAAAUCAUGUUGCAACCAAGCCCAAUAAUGAGUACGAGAGUGUCAACUCGCUUAAGCGUAGAAUGACUUCUCGGAGGAACCAACCUGACGUUGCCGUCGAGUACAAGACUGACCAGAUCAUGCUUCGAGCACAAGCCAUGUUGAACCAGCUCCGUAACGAGCGCAAUGUGAGUACCGACGUAUUGACUGAGGUCAGCAGCGAUAACAGCGAAUCAUGACCAUCCGUUGUGGCACCGCAAAAUGAGCCAUGAGCUUGUGUGGAUCUGCCAAUGAUAUAUAGAUUUUUCUUCCAUAGUAUCUGGAUAUACUACUGGCUUUGCCAACACAACAUUAUUGUAGACUUUGACACAACUCGAGAAACCAAGAAUAAUUACUCGAU